UUCCGUGUUUUUUCUCAAUUCUGUUGUUUUACUUUGUAUACUGUAUCUUUUAUUAAUUUGUGAUUAUGGUUGAGGAAAAGGCAUCAUUCAACGAGAUGGACAAAAGUCGAAGUGUUAAAUUGCUGGUCGAGAAGUUCGAGCGCAUGAGCAUGCGAAAGGUUCAUAUUUCGGGAGCACCCCAAGAUUGGCAUUUAAAGGGCAUCACCGGUCGGGUUGCUCAGACCAUAGCCAAGUUUGAGCAUAACAUAUUUCCCUAUCGUAUUGGCAAUGGUGCGAUUGGAAGGGAUCAGGCCACAGAUCGCUGGGUGGCCGUGCUCAAGGAGAAAAUGCUUCGACAUGUUCGUCAGCAGAUCGAGACUGAUUAUAGUGAUAAUCUAGAUGAUGAAGAAGUCUUGCAGAUUGGCAAUUAUGUCGAGAGUAUGGAGGUGCUAUCAGAGCAAGAACAUAAAAUCAAACCAACAGAAGCCUCAAGCGAUGACGAGCUUUCAUUAAGUUCAAAAAAUAUGAAAUCCGCACCUAGCUUCAAUGGGUUUAGUUUGAUUAACAAAGAUGUGCAGUUCGUGCGGUCGAGCAAUAGUUGCACUUGGUAGAUCGACAGUCUAUCGUUCAGAUGAACCAAUUUUAUGGAUUUCCCCAAGGAACGAACCAGCUGAAAUUCCCCGCUAAACUAAUCAACUGAUUGCAAUGUACAUCUACAAAAAUUCAAGUACUUAGUUGAAAAUAUCUAUAGUCUUAAUUGGGGUUGAAGAAAAAAUAGCAAUAAAAGAGAAAAUACUUUCAAAAAAA